CACGUGGUGAAGUUGUCAAAAACACUUGGGUUUGUAGUGUGUGCUGCGUUUUGUUGUGAAUUGGUGUCUCGACAACAAUGGCAGAUACUGGAUUCAGGGAUUGUUGUUCAACUAAUUUGACACUGUUAAUUGAAAAGCUGUGUCCCGAAACAGCAAAAAGCGUUUUUACUGAUUUUCUUCUCUAUUCGGGAUCAUAUUUGUGUUCGCAAAACGUUUUUAAGCCUAGUGACAGCUGCAAGAAACACCUGGAAUUGUUAGCUACAGUCCUCAAAAUCGCCGUUACAGAACCAAAACGCGAAGAACAUAUUCAUUUUUCGAAUGACGACAUUGAAGUUUUCCAGAGCAUCAUUACAAAAUGCAAAACUAUACUCGAGACUGAAGAAGAAAACUUUGAAUUAAAACCAGUUGUGAUUGACGUGUUGUCGCACUGCCUUGUUUUGCUACCAGAUGACAAAAUAAUUGCCCAUGUACACGAAAUGUUGCUGUUUUGUGAAAAUAAACUCUCUUUCUCUGCUAGUGAAUCCGAUUUUGGUGAUAUUUCUAUGCCAGGAAAUUUUUUGACAGCCUUGCACCUUAUAGAGGCCAUUAUUCAAAUCUUGUAUAUUUUAGAGCAAAAUUGUUUACCGAAUAGGGAAAAGAUGAAAGACAAAUUUUUGACUGAUUUCAGUAUCCACAUGUCAGUUGUAAGACUUCUUACGAACUCUAAUUACGCUGUAGUAGUGCACAUACUGAAUUGCAUAAUUCCAAAACUCCUGAAAUUUGUUAACAGUGUCGACCUACUUAAGCAGGUGUGGACGCAACUGUCCAUAAGAUACUGUUCAGCAGCAUCUGUUGAUUCUCAUUUAUCUGUCCCAUUUCUGAUACUGUGUUCACUGUCCAAUAUGUAUUUGCCAUGUUCAGAGUCUACUGAUUCCUACUCACUCACUCAAUACAGUGAUUUUUGGAAACUUUGCCAGAUAGGUUUAAUGCAUUCUGACUUAUCGGUGAGGAAACAAGCUCUCUAUUUAACUAAAAGAGCAGUAGAUAUAACUUUUCAAAGAGAUAACUCCAAUAGUGAGAAUCUUCCAGAAUCACUUGUGUGGAGAAGUUGUCAGAUGAGGUCAGAUUUUUUGAAACUGUGGCUUGACUUGUUCUUGAUAUUGGAAACCUUGGAAGAAAAACAAGUUCAUUUAAUAAAACCAGUGCUACCCAUGAUUCAGAGAUUGUCCACAGGUACGUCAGAAUGGCAUAAGUCGUGGACUCUGUGCAUAUUUCAGAGAUUACUGAAUCAUGACAACAACAUAGUUGUGAAGUGGGGUGUAACCCAUUUCAUUAAUCUGAACUUGGUGUACUUCACUGCUUUGGGUGAUAUUUGCACCAAUAUGUUAUUUGUUAAUUUCAUGGAUGCAAUAAAUAACACUGCUUUGUAUGCCACUAAAGAUAGCACACUAAAACUAUCUGAUACAGCAGAAAGCUUGAUGACACUGUUUCAUGCAAUAUGUCAAUUGCAUAUUAAGAACUGUCGUUUAUAUUUUGGUAAGUUUAUAGAAGAAUUGACCAAAAGAUCUUGGGGUCCAGUACCUAUGUUUUAUAUAGCAAAGACACUAGCAUCAUCACCUAUAACACCAGUAUGGAGUGACACUCAUUUGCUGUUGUGUGGAAAAUUAGCCAGAAGUGCUAUUGUAAAUCAGAAUGUAUACAUUCGUGCAGCUAUUGAGUGUUCAUUGCUUGAGUGUGCUAUUAAAUUUGCAGACCGGAAACUUAUCACAGUGAAAAGUGUUUGUCAUUUUCUAAAUAGUUUCAGUUCAAAAUUAUCGCUGAAACGAGGUACUUUCAUAUGGAAUGAAAUUGUGAAUUGGCUAAAAUCAUUUAUCACAAAAGCUGAUGCUCAAGAUUUUGUCAUAAAAUUUGCGUUCACUUUUGUGGACAGUAUGACUUUGAGUGAAGAACAACAAACUGGUAUUUCUGUUAAGGCAUUUGGGAGGAUGGUAGUUCUGCUUUUGGAGAGUGAAUGUUUGACGUCAGCUGAAGUUAAGGGUAACUCCGGGGACAUUGUGGCAGAAGUCUUUAGAAACACAUGGAAAAGCUUUUGUAACAUUGACAGUAAUGGUGAUGAUUUGCAAGCUAUCAAUAUAAGUCUCUUAGCCACUAUGUUGGAAGAAUGUGUGAGUAUAAAAGUUGAUCCUAAUGACAGUGUGAGAACAACACUCUUAGAAAUAUUUCAAGGUACUGUUAAUGAUAUAUUUUUACUCAUUAGCAAAAAAAUCACAAAUUUGUUAGGGUUACAGGACAUUCAAACAGUAAAUAAUUAUUUACUUGCAUUGAAAGCUUUCUCUGAAGACCAGAAUAUUCUCCCACUCGUAGAGCAGCAUGUUUAUCUGCUACAUAAUGCAGUGCUACAAAUUUAUGAAAGUAAAGCUAAAAUUGGAUCAGCUUUGAACAUGUUUUUUGCUAUGAAAGUUAUUGAGUGGGUGUCCAGUUGUCUCAGAAAUCAUAUGUCCUGUUCCCACAAUGAUUCAAAAAAUGAAAUUAUGUAUAAACAGUGUUUGUUCAUUGAAAGUCUAGUGCAGAGUGGUGAAUUAGACAUUCCUAUAUAUAAAAGAUUUGACGAAAUAACUGAAGCCAGUAAUCUACGACUUCGAGGCAAAUUGGCAUGUGAAUACACUUCUGCUCUUUGGAGUACAGUGAGUUUGUGUACAGAAAUUUCUCAUCAAACAAAUCUUUAUGUCAGCCCAUUUAAGUUUGUUGAUAAAUCAUUGCUAGAAACAGCUAUAAAUGCUAUAGAAACUGGUGGCAGGGGAGUGUGUAUACCUGUGAUGAACACUAUGAGGAUAAUAUUUCAUUACUGGUAUGACAAAGAAAUAUUGUGCGACAUUGGCCGAUUUCUGUCAGUAUGCUGGAUGAACAUAUUUGAAAUGAGGUGGACAGAAUACUUCUGGGGCACAACAGAGGUUUUUAUGAAAUUAACAUUCCACCCAUCAUUUCUUCAGGAAAGAAGAAUGCAUCCUUAUAUACUGCAGUACGCGCAGCAGAUAAUGGAACUUGGAGAGUCUAUGUCAGGUGUUUGUAGUCUUCUAAUGCUUACUAUACAGAAUAUCAAUCAAGACCACAAACUUAAUUUUGUUGAUGUAUUAUCGGAAAUCCUAUUAGAAGCACUGCUUUAUGGACCUUCACACAGGCGAGAUCUGAGAGCAGAAAAUGACACAUGCAAGUAUAUAAGGUCAUUGGAAGAAGACACAGUUUUAAAUGGAAUUAGAAGAAAGCCCUGCAUCUCAGAUGGUGAAGUUCGGGCCAGGGCAUUACAAAUCUUGCUUGAUUUAUGUUCAGUGAGACAAGAUAUCCCGAUUCAAAUAGUUGAAAUGCUGCUGCAGAAAGACAAGUGUCAACUUCAGAAAGCCCGAUAUUUCUCAGACUCCCAUCAUCAUCGCUUGAAGAAUCGACUUAUGCAGGUUUUGUUAGUUUUGGAACCUUACCUGUCAUACGAUGCUGAUCUCAAACUUGCAUCAUGGCUAUAUGUGAGUCUGCACAAUGAGAAUCAUCAACCAAGUGUGCGUCAUCAACAAGAAUGGUUGCUGGUUAAGAUUCUAUUUCGCCACCGCAAGCUAAUUGAUGACAUGUGGCUAAAACUGAAAGAGGCUUGUGAGAAGAGGACUGGUAGCCUGUGUUCUUUUACAGCUGUUGUGAUGUUCCUGGCACAAACCCUUGAUGAUAAAUUAGACAAAGAGAACUUUUUAGACAAGAGCAUGAGUGAAAUAUUUCCCUUUUGCAUGGGACAGCACUUCAGUGUUCGCCUGUAUGCUCAAGUAGCAUUAAAAAAGUUGUGGGAUCUAAGUAGAAAGCAUAAUUGCUCAAAAGUAUUGCAGAAAUACCAAGUGAUGCUGAGUUGUCUUGAAGUAAGUCUGUCUCAAGCUAAUGCUGUCAAGAAUGUGCAUAAAUUAGUGAAUGAUUUCUGGUUUGGGGUGUUCCAUCCAGUUCAGCACUACACUUUUGAGACCAUAUUUUAUGACCUCCCAAGGCUCUCUAGUAUUUGCUCUGAUGAAUGGAUUGCAGUUGAGACCUUGAAAGAAUGUGGUUUGGACUCUAAUAAUACAAUACUACUGGAAAACGCUGACAAGUCACUGAAAAACUGUGAAAGCAUCUCUAGUAAUUCUGGACUUUCAGAAGAAUGGUGGAUGAUGAUCAGGUUUUGCAGUGGUUGGGUGAAGAGCUGGGUAAUGAAGAAUGUAGUGAUCUGGAGUCAACAUUCGAAAGUGAUCACUAUUCAGAUAGUGAACAGUCGUUGGACGAAAGAGAUUCUAUCGAAAAAUUUGACUUGUGUUUUGGGAAAGACAGUAUGCAAUGGAGCCAUCAACUUCUAAUCCAAAACAGAAGAGUAAGAAGACCUCACAUAAUAUUGUCAAGCAUUUACCGGGAGUCAUAGGCGAAGCAAAAAAUGCCAAGCGUCCAAUUGAUUGUUUGCAACUUUUCUUCACAGAUGACAUUUUAGAAGAAAUUGUUCACUGCACUAAUAUUUACAUUGCUACCAUCCGCUCUAAAUAUUCCAGAGAAAGAGAUGCUGCAUACACUAACAUUACAGAAAUCAUAGCUCGUUUAGGACUCCUUUUCUUGGCGGGUGUGCUACGAACAUCACACACAAAUUUACCAGGUCUCUGGGCUAUAGAUGGCACUGGAGUGGAGUACUUCAGACUUUCAAUGGGCAUAAACCGUUUUCGUUUCUUGCUGACUUGUCUGAGAUUUGAUGACGUCAGAAACAGAGCUCAUUGGAAGGAAACAGACAAAUUAGCUGCUGUCCAAUUCUUGAUGAUAGAUCAGUUCAAUGAAAACUGCAAGAAACAUCAUAGUUUAUCAGAACUAGGUACAGUAGAUGAAAUGCUGGAUGCAUUCAGGGGCAGAUGUGGAUUUAUACAAUACAUUCCAUCAAAACCGGCAAAAUAUGGUAUAAAAGUGUUUGCACUUACAGAUACAAGGAUGUUCUAUACCAGCCAUUUAGAAAUAUACUGUGGAAAGCAAGUGGAUAGGCCUUAUCUCUGUGAUAACACACCUCAUGCUAUUGUCAAAAGAAUGGUGAAAUGCAUAUCCAAAUCUGGCAGAAAUGUAACAUGUAAUAAUUGGUUCACAUUAAUUCCACUUGCGGCUGACUUGUUGGAAAAUGACAAGCUGACAAUGGUUAGAACAAUUCGAAAAAAUAAACGUGAAAUUCCUCCAUUUAUGACAGUAGCAAAAGAUCAUCCUGUGGAAUCCAGCAUUUUUGCAUUUAGGAAGAAUACAACACUGGUUUCAUAUAAACCUAAGAAAGGUUGUUCUGGUACUGUCUACUUUACUUGAUGAUGACAGUAUUGACAGUGAUUCGGAAAAGUGCAAGCCGGAUAUAAUAACAUUUUACAGCGAGACUAAACCUGGUGUGGAUAAAGUUGAUGAGAUGAAAUGUACAUGCGCUGUGACAAGAAUUACCAGAAGAAGGCCAUUUAUAAUUUUUUCCUCUCUUCUAAAUAUUGCUGGAAUCAAUAGAUACAUAAUUUACAAGAGCAAUUUGGAUUCAACAAUUCCCAGAAAAGACUAUCUAAAAGUUCUUGCCAAAGAACUGUUGCAUGAUUAUAUGACAAUGAAGGUCAAUCAUCUAAGUACACCGGUGAACAUCAAGAAUCGUAUCAAGGAAAUUUUGGGAUUACCAACAGCUGAAGCUCUUCCUAGACCUCCACAAGCAACAACUCAAGGAAGAUGCAACUUCUGUGAUAGGAAAGAAAACAUACCAACGAGAUUUUCCUGCAAUGUGUGCUAUAAAUUUGUAUGCCUGGAACACGUCAGUGCAUAUCUGUGCAGUGAAAAUGGCAACCACCACGAGUGAUUUGCUUGAAUUGACACUGAGGCUGUAAACUAUAGUUUUCUGAAAAAGUUUCUGAACUAAUUAACGUAAGAUAAGUGUUGGUUAAUAUUCAUUUGGAAAAACAGUGAAAAAACAGAAUGAACAUAAAUUUCAGCGAGUACAAUAAAAGUUCUUAUUGGUUUACGGGUA